AUGGUCGCUGUGGCCGCCUUGCUGACAGUAUGCCUAUGGAUACAGACACAAACGGCCUCGGGACAGCACACGUGUGCUUCUGCUGCACGCAGGCCGGUGGAUUUCACUGUAGAAUACUCCCUCCCGCACUUCCGAGCAGACAAACCCAUACAGAACAUCGCAGUGGACCGGGACUCGAAACAGGUGUACGUGGGAAGCCAGAAUGUAAUAGAGGCAGUCAACAACACUAUGCACAAAAUAUGGGAGGUGAAAACUGGACCUGUUGGCAGUCCUGACUGUGAGACCUGUCGGCUGUGUGACAUAGAAACAGAUCCUGGGGAUCCAGUGGAUACAGACAAUGAGGUUCUGCUUUUGGAUACUUAUGACUUUUAUUUGCCCUACCUGUACAUUUGUGGGAGUACUCAGCAUGGGAUCUGUUACUUCAUUGACUUAAGCACAUCACAGCCUAAGCCUCAGUGCUUAUACAAAAAGGAGCAAAACUCUCCAAGCUACUGUCCGGACUGCGUGGCCAGCCCGCUGGGCACCAAAGUCAUCAUCGUUGAGCAGUCGGCCACGUCUCUCUUCUUUGCGGCAGCGUCCCUCAACGACCAGGUGGCAGAGAGGUACCCGAGGAGGUCGAUAUCAGCUAUGAGGCCUCUCUCGACUGAAGAUGGCUUUCACAUGGUCAUGAACGGGCUGACAGUGCUCCCCGGCCUGCGGGACUCAUACAAGAUUGAUUACAUCUACAGCUUCUCCACCAGCGAGUACGUCUACUUCCUGUCCCUGCAGAGAGAAACCCCAUCAAAGGUCAAUUCAGCUUUUCAAACCCGUCUGGCACGACUGCCGGCUUUAAACCCAGAGGUGUGGAUGUACAGAGAGGUGGUGCUGGAGUGCCAGUACAACCCAAAGCGGCGACGGAAACGGAGAGAGGGGUUCAGGGUGUACAACGGGCUGCAGGCGGCACACUUUGGGAAAGCGGCGAAGGACUUGGCAGACGAGCUGAGGGUGCGCGAGACCGAGGACAUUCUGUAUGGGGUGUUUGCAGAGGUGAACGAGGCAGGCGAGCCUCAGAGGGACUCGGCCCUGUGCGCCUUCCCUUUGACCAAAGUGAACCAGGUGAUCGAUGAAGGCGUGGAGGCCUGCUGCAUGUCAGGUACAGAGCGGCUGUCCAGAGGCCUCAGUCACUUCCAGCCACUCGAGAGCUGCCCGCAUGAAGACCCUGAGGGUAAUGUUGCAUGCAGCGCCAAACCCACUCUGGUGUCAAAGCCGGUCCACAGACAGGACCUCUUCAACAGGCAGAUGAGAGACGUCCUUUUCACCUCUGUCCUCGUCACCACUACUGGGAAUGACACGCUGGGACACUUUGGCACCUCAGAUGGACGGAUACUGCAGGUGAUUCUUUCGCUGUACAAGCCGAUUGUUUUUGCCAACUAUUCUCUGGGAGAGACCGAAGUGUCCAGGACGGCGGCUGUGUACUCAGAAGACUCACUUCUCUUCGUGGUUGGAAACAAGAUGUUCAAGGUGCCCUCUGCAGGACCGGGGUGUGCACAUUUCAUGACAUGCCCCCUGUGUUUGAUGGCGCCACGCUUCAUGAACUGUGGCUGGUGUUCGGGAAUCUGCUCGAGGCAGAAUGAGUGUGCCUCGCAGUGGAACAAACACUCAUGCGCACCUGUCAUAACAGAGUUUUUCCCUAAGAUGGAACCGGCCGGUAGUGAGACAGAUGUGACUCUGUGCGGCUGGGAGUUUCAGUCUUCUCUGCGACCCGCCAUCAUCAGCGGCAAGACCCACGUCGUCACACUGGGCUCUGGCAACACGUGCACCGUCCUGCCUGAAAAGAGCAACAGUGAACAGCUAGUGUGCACGAUUCAGGGAAAAACUGAAGCCGCUCAGAAUCUCACCAUCACCUUGGAGGUGCACGAGGGGGAGGUGGAGGGCCGCUACUCUAUUGAGGGCACAGCUCAGAUGCCCGGGUUCUCUUUUGUGGAGCCGAGCAUAACAGAAAUCAAGCCCGACUAUGGACCCGUGUUUGGAGGAACAACAGUUACACUGACAGGCAGAUAUCUUAAUGCUGGGGUACAGAGAAAAAUCGUCUUCGGUGACAAAACAUGCACCAAUCAGAGUGCUUCUGAAGGAGACGGGACUUUGUCUUCGAUCGUCUGUCACACACCAGCUGCAGCAGGCGUCGGGAAGGAACCUGUCAAAGUCAUCAUCGACAAGUUUCCAGUGAACAGCAGUAAGACGUUCUUUUACAAGAGGAACCCAGUCAUAACAUCUGUACAGCCUCAUUGCAGUUUCCAAAGUGGCUCCAGACUGGUGAUAACAGGUCAGAAUCUUGAUUCUGCCCACACAACUGUGGUUCAGUACAAAAAUCCCAACCUGCAGACUCUUCAACGAGUCUGUAACGGCACAACAAAUUCCACACAUAUGGAAUGCUGGGCCCCUGCGUUUCCUGAGGAAAUUCCAGAAGGCAAGUCUGACACGGGAGAUAUUGUCAUUCACAUGGAUGGAAGAAGUAACCUCUGGAAGAGGCGCUUUGCCUACUAUUCCGAUGUCAAAGUCAUACCCUUUGAAAACGACGAUCAUUUAUUGUACCUAAAACCAGGAGAGACGGAAGUUUCACUGCAUCAUAGUAAACUGAAUACAGUGAGCACAUGUAUGAAGAUCAUCAUGACCAUCGGGGGAGUGAACUGUAACGCCCAGGUUCUGUUGAACGAGCUGACCUGCAGGAUUCCUAAAGGUCUGCUUAUUCCCAGCGAGGGGUUGCCUGUCAGGGUGUAUGUGAACGGGGAAGUGACCGACGUGGGCACAGUAGUGAACGAUGAUGGCAACUUCACCACUGUGAUCGUGGGCAUCGCGCUGGGCAUCAUCGCUGCACUAGUAGCAGGCGCCGGCCUUGCGUUGAUUGUCAUGAUCCAUCUGAGGAGGAAGAAGCGAGCCAACAUCGAGAAUCGUUUAUCAACAAUGCUUUCGCGGAAUCGCAUGGGCAGCGCCUCCGAUUUCUCCCCGACAGGCGACUACAGACGAGUCGAUCUGUCGAGUCAGACAUCAGGUUCUGGAAUGGCCUUCCAAGGUUUGCUGUACGCUGCCAGCUAUGAUCAUCUGGCCAUUCCUCUGAUGCCACGGGACAACAUCUCCAUGGUCAGUCUCAGUUCGGAUCUUCUGGAAGAAGUAAAAAAUGUCUUGAUCCCUGCUGAAAUGCUCCGAAUUGAAGACAGCCAGAUUAUCGGCAAAGGCCACUUUGGGACAGUUUACCACGGAUACCUGAUAGACAGCAACAAGCAGGAGACCCACUGCGCUGUCAAAUCUUUGAACCGGAUCACUGAUUUAGGGGAGGUGGACCAGUUCUUAAGAGAAGGCCUCAUCAUGAAAGGAUUCCACCACCCCAACAUACUAUCCCUGCUGGGCAUCAUGCUGCCUAAAGAGGGGCUCCCUCUGGUGGUGUUACCAUACAUGAAGCACGGGGAUGUGCGUCACUUCAUCCGCUCAGAGAAAAGGAACCCGACUGUGAAAGACCUGAUUGGCUUCGGGCUCCAGGUUGCCAAGGGGAUGGAGUAUUUAGCCCAGAAAAAGUUUGUCCACAGAGACCUGGCUGCACGUAACUGCAUGCUGGAUGAAACCUUCACGGUCAAGGUGGCCGACUUCGGCAUGGCAAGGGACAUCUAUGACAAGGAAUACUACAGCAUUCAAGAUCAGAAACGGGUCAAGCUGCCUGUGAAGUGGAUGGCCAUCGAAAGCCUGCAAACACAAAAGUUCACCACCAAGUCUGACGUGUGGUCAUAUGGCAUCCUGAUGUGGGAGCUGUUGACCAGAGGCGCCAGCCCGUAUCCAGACGUGGACCCCUAUGACAUCACACACUACUUGUUGAAGGGACGUCGGCUUCCUCAGCCACAGUUUUGCCCUGAUACGCUCUAUUCCAUCAUGCUGACAUGUUGGGACCCGGAGCCUGAGUACAGACCGAGUUUCCACAGCCUGGUUACAGAAGUACAACACAUCCUGUCCUGCCUGGAGGGAGAGCACUACAUCAGUCUGAAGGUUCACUAUGUCAACUUAGACCAGCCGAGGCCUUACCCAUCGCUGACUGGAUCUGCAGACGAGGCCGAGGCCUCAGACUCGGAGAUGGACAGCCAUGCUGCCAGCUGAGGGUGCAAAACAAAGCCCUGAGACUCUCUGAUACGAGCACAGGAUCUGGAUUUCAGGUUAAAGGAAGGCAUAGAAGAAAAAGGGACAGCUGAGCCUGGAUCCAUAAAUUGUUGGUCACGUUUACAAACCUGCGCAUGUGAAAGGUUUGGCUACUGAUUUGAAAGACACUGUAGGUACUAUAAACUCUUGUUAGAGCUGAGACAGAGCAUGGAGUUGGAAGAAAUUGUUGUUGUUUUUCUACAAACAUCUAAGGCACAAGUGUGAAAUAGACAGAAUGAAUGUAAAAUGUGCUUUUGUUCUCAGAUUUGUAGAAUAGGAUGUGGGGCCACAUGAGACGAUGUGCUGUUUUAUAAUACAUGUGUUAGACUGCCAGGCGGGGGGUCUAUAAAUGUUGAUGCGCUCAGGGGCCACGUUUUGAUGUUUUCUGACACAUUCCAUGCUUUAUGGGGAUAUAGAAUAGAAUGUAUACAAGGCAGACUUAAUACGAGUGACUUUGUAUGUGAAAUCAUCAGACCGGAUGCAGAAGAACUCACCCUGCUCAGAUUUGGAGCCUCUGUCAAAAGCUCCGCACCGACUGAAUUAUAGAGUGAGCUGCUGGUGCCGUUCAGACGUCAGCCGAGGCUGAGAGUCACAGCUAGUACCUGUCAUCAUCACUAGAGGGCAACCGACACCUCCCUCUGAAGCACACUUGAGUUACUGCUGCAGUGAAGCUCUGCGCUACAGCAGAGAGCUCAACACAAAGGUGUUACACAAACAGCAGAGCCACAUCCAUCUGAACCCCCACACCACCAUACAAACCUGGUCUUCCCAAUCAAUCAGCGUAGCAUAGCAUUCUUCGCAGUAUUGUCCCCUGCGUGUAAUUGAUAAUGAUCUCCACAGCAUUGUUAGACAAUCCAAAGGGAUUUUGUAAUUCAUGCACUGAUUUUUCAACUUUGAGACUGACAAUAUGUUAUGAUAUUAAAACAAGCUUUCUGCCAGG